AUGUUUGACGUUUUUGGCUCUGUUAAGAGCCUUCUCAAGCUCGACUCUGUGUGCAUCGACAACAAUGUGUUUCGACUUCACUACAAAGCCACCGUGAUCAUCCUAGUCACGUUCUCUUUGCUUGUAACAUCAAGACAAUACAUUGGAGAUCCUAUUGACUGCAUUGUGGAUGAAAUACCGCUCGCUGUUAUGGACACUUAUUGCUGGAUUUACUCGACCUUCACUAUUCCCAACAGGCUCGUGGGACGUGUUGGAAAGGACGUAGUGCAACCGGGUGUUGCAUCCCACGUGGAUGGCCAGGAUGAGGUGAAAUAUCAUAAGUAUUACCAGUGGGUAUGCUUUGUGCUGUUCUUUCAAGCAAUUCUGUUCUACGUGCCUCGCUAUCUAUGGAAAACUUGGGAAGGAGGACGCAUCAAGAUGUUAGUACUUGAUUUAAACUGCCCAGUUGUUGGAGAAGAAUGUAAAAAAGACCGCAAGAAACUAUUGGUAGACUACUUUCAUACAAAUCUACAUACGCAAAACUUCUACGCGUUCCGUUUCUUUAUCUGUGAGGUUUUAAACUUUAUCAAUGUUGUUGGGCAAAUAUACUUUAUGGACUUUUUCUUGGAUGGUGAAUUUUCGACUUAUGGCCGUGACGUAGUUUCCUUUACUGAAAUGGAACCUGAAGAAAGAGAAGAUCCAAUGGCUCGAGUAUUUCCAAAAGUAACAAAAUGUACAUUCCACAAAUAUGGUCCCUCGGGAACCGUUCAAAAAUUUGAUGGUCUGUGUGUCUUGCCUUUGAAUAUUGUCAAUGAAAAGAUAUAUGUGUUCCUCUGGUUCUGGUUUAUUAUCUUAUCUGUUUUAAGUGGAAUAUCUUUGCUAUACCGUGCAGCUGUCGUGGCAGGGCCCCGUGUCCGCCUUUACCUGUUACGUGCCCGUAGCCGUCUCGCACCUCAAGAUCAAGUUGAAACGGUUGCACGCAAGUUACAAAUCGGUGAUUGGUUUGUACUUUACCAACUCGGAAAGAACAUCGACCCGCUAAUAUAUAAAGAGCUAAUGUGCGAUCUAGCAUUGAAAUUCGAUGGAAAGGACAAGGACACUGUUUAG